AUGUACCGCUCAACCAAAGGAGCUUCCAAGGCUCGACGGGACCAGAUCAACGCCGAGAUCCGGAACCUGAAGGACUUGUUGCCCAUAUCCGAUGCAGAUAAAGCGCGACUCUCAUACCUGCACAUCAUGUCACUUGCCUGCAUGUACACCAGGAAAUCCGUCUUCUUCACUCAAGAAGCGGGAACUGCCGCUAGUCUUGAAGAGAGCGCGCGGUUUCUGUCUUUCCACGAACUGUCGGAGUUGAUGCAGGCGCUGCCAGGCUUUCUGAUGCUGCUGACCGGGGAGGGGAAGCUCCUGUACCUGUCAGACAGCGUCUCCGAGCACCUCGGACACUCCAUGGUGGAUCUUGUGGCACAGGGGGACAGUGUGUACGACAUCAUCGACGCCUCAGACCACUUCAUCAUGAGGACCAACCUGUCAACCUCUACAUCACUUGAGAUGGACCGUCUCUUCCGCUGUCGCUUCAACACCUCCAAGUCCGUGCGGAGGCAGAGUGCCGGGAACAAGCUGGUUCUGAUCCGGGCUCGCUGCCUCUCUCCCCCCUCAACCUCUCCUGCCGCCGGGUCCUACUGGACCUCCAACCCUGUCUGGGUGUGUUUCUGCUCCCCCCUGGAGCCCCACCCGAGCCGCUCCGGCCCCGGGGCAGAGAGGGAGUUGACUUCCACCUCUCCCCUUGCUGAGAGCAACUUGUUCCUGGCCUGCUUCUACUCCCAGCAUGGCCGGGACAUGAGGCUACAGGCAGCACAGGACAGUGUGAGCGCCUAUCUUGGCUUUGAUGUGACAGCUUUACGCUCUCGCUCUUGGUACAGCCUCCUCCACCCACAGGAUCUGUCACAUGCCUCCGCUCAGCACCGCAGCCUAUUGAGAGAAGGAGGAGAGGGCAGAGCUGAAAUGGUGGUGCGUGUGCAAGCUCAGGAUCAGUCGUGGGUUUGGCUUUACAUGGUGCUUCAGCUGCAGCCUGGAGAAAUCCCCAUCAGCAGCAACAACUACAUCAUCAGUGAGUCUGAGGCCUGGUCUGUGCGUCAGCAGCUCAGCUCAGAGCAGACCCAGCUGACCCUGAUCCUGACUGCUGGUACCUCUCAGCAAGAGAGUCUGAGCCUCCAGUCCCCAGAAACCCUGUCCAGCCCAGACCAGGUCUUCACCCCAGGCAGCAGCGGCCUGUCUGCCCAGUCCUUUGACUUCAGCACUGCUGGCUGCAGCGUGGGCUCCUCUGAUGAACCAGGGAGCUCUGCUGCUGAGGCCAUGCAGCUGGAGGGUGACCCUCGUUCCAGUAUCUCCUCUCUGGAGGAAGAAAGCUUCUUUCAGCAGCAACCUACUGAGAGCCCCUCAGCUGCCUCCUCGCCCACCCCAGUCACUGUUGAAACAGUAGCAGACUUAGACUUUUUAACCCAGAACAUUCUCCUGCCACCCUCCUUCCAGCUCGACCCUCCACUGCCAGCUCUCCCCCUGCCUCUCCCACCUGUCCCCACCUCACAAGCUCAGCAGACCAAAGAGUUUGUGUGCACACCACCCUACACUCCCCAGGUUAGUGGGGCUAGCUUCCCAUUCGGUGAACCCCUCUUCAGCUUUGACCCCACUGGCACUACCACACCUCCGCCCUCUGCUACAACAGCCACCGCCACCACCUCUGUGGCCCCCUCAGCGCCCGCCUCUGCCCCACCAACUACCACCUCCAGCCCUACUCCCCCCACCACCCUCUCUACCAAACUUCCCCUCGCUCUACCUACCCCAUCCACUGAUCUCCUCUUCCCUGUCGAGCCCUGCAGCGGCUCCCUUUAUGAGAAACUGCCCCCCACACCUGACAGCCCCGGAGACGGUGACUGCACAGUAAUGACCCUGCCCGAGGUACGGGGUCCACUGUAUGUAGAUGUACCACUGGGGCCCCUCCAGUGUCCACCUGAGGGCCUCCUCACCCCUGAGGCAUCACCUGGUAAACAGCCCUGCCUCUCCUUCUUCUCCCUGGAGAGAGAGAGGGAGAAGGAGAGGGCAGAAAUCUCUCUCUUAGCUCAGCAUAUCAGCUCACUGGCAGAGGGAUUCUACCUGGAUCCACUCUUGUCCAAACUCUCUCCUCCCUCCAUGUCACCCUCAUCCUCCCCUCCCUCCCCCUUCCUGUCUCCCACUGUAGAAACUGCUGAUGUUGAUUCAGUCCAUAUGCUUAGGGAGUUUUAUCCCAUCAAAGCAUGGAGAGGUCUGGACAUUCCCAUCUUCCUAGACGAUGAUGACUCUCUGUUUGAAGAGAGCAUCCUAGAAACCCUCCUCCAAGACGACUUCGCUCCUCCCCAGUCCCCUGGCAUCUCCUCCCCGUCUCCCUGCACCUCCCCUAUGCCCAAUCCCUCCAGCCCAACCUCUCCUCAAACCCCAGUGUGCUGGCGCCAACCCUCCCAGUUUGAGGGAGUGGGCCACUUCUGUAGCGUCCAAUCGGCGCAAUGUAACUCCAUGGCUGGGUGCGGGGCGACUGUGGCUGCUGAGGCUGGGGUGAUGGCGGAAGGGGAGGGGCUAGCGGAGGAAGCAAUGGAGAUCGAGGUGGUGUCAUCUCCAGUGUCCUCUUGCUCCUCCAUCCCAGCUUCCCCUCCCCUCAUCCUCACUGCCUCCCCCAGUCCCGCCACCUCCAUGCCCAUUGGCUCGCCCACGCCCGCCGUGUCUUGCACUCAGUCCCUCCUGGAGGAACUGGCCGUCCUGGAACCCAUGUUUGGGGCAGGUGCCUCGAUCGCCCCUGGCUUAGGGCAACAACCUGAGUUGUAUCAACUCCAAUGUCAUCCAUCGCCACAGUGCUUCCACAAAGAUGGGAGUGGAAGUGUUCCUCCGUUCUAAAAUAAGUCUGUGACUUACUUC